AUGCCUAAGGAAGCUGCCACUUUCGCCCCAGGUGACGCCGGAAAGGGUGCCAACCUGUUCAAGACUCGUUGUGCUCAAUGCCACACCGUCGAGGAGGGUGGUGCCAACAAGAUUGGUCCUAACCUCCACGGACUCUUCGGUCGUAAGACCGGUUCCGUUGAGGGUUACUCCUACACCGAUGCCAACCGUCAGGCUGGUGUGACCUGGGACGAGACCACUCUGUUCAACUACCUCGAGAACCCCAAGAAGUUCAUUCCCGGAACCAAGAUGGCCUUCGGUGGUCUCAAGAAGGGCAAGGACCGCAACGACCUCAUCACUUACCUCCAAGAGAGCACCAAAUAA